AUGACCGGUUAUUCGCAGAUACCACAAGCUCAUUUGAAUACGGCAAUUCCGUUCUCAAAGUGGGAAAGCUCAAUGGACGCACAACAAAUACCUUCACGCGAAUAUUACGAGGAGGAGAACGACGACGAACAAGACGAAGAGAGAUCUCUCACCGAUGACGACGAAGAAGAGUACUAUGUUGAUGACCAGGUGCAAACUGUGAUCCGGGCCUCAUUUGUUGACCGUCUUUGCGCUAAGACCUGGCCCCAUACUUUCAUCAAACAUCUAUUCUUUUUCGUAUCCUGGCUAUCGGCAGUGCUAGUUCUGGCUUUGCAGUGCUAUAUUUUUGGAGUGUAUACCAGAGAGCACACGAGGGGCCACGACUUCUAUGGAGAGGAUGAACAUUCUCAUUCGGAGGGAAAAAGCCGAGGAGUGGCAACAUAUUUGGGACUUUUCAUCUUCGCUGAAAUAUACCAGGUAGUGGCUACUGUUCUGGUGUUCAUCUCAUCCAGUGUGUUGCAUCUUUAUUCGUUGGUUAUAUUUUUGGGUGCAAUGGCCAUUUACUGUGGAAUCCAAUAUCAUGAAUUGCAGGUUACUCUUAUUCCAGAUCUCACAGGCAAUUGGGCUGCUGCCACUGAGGGUGCUUCCAUUGCAGUGAUAGCUGUUUCGUGUGUUACCUGCAUCAUUCAGUUCUGUAUUUCCUACUUUUGGCUAACUGACCAAUUGGGUGGCUUGAGUGCCUUUGAUGUUGGCUUGAACGUCAAGAUCCAGAGAAAAGUCAUGUACUUUCAUCUUCACAGAACAGCGCUGUUUCUAUGCGCAUUUUUCUUUCCUGCUUUUGCGCUGCAGUUCAUCCUGAUCUUGAUCUCCAGAUCUGACGUGGAAUUUGCUCUGACCAUUGUGGUGAUGCCCGUCUCCAUGGUGGUUCUGUGGUUCGCGGAUUUCUGUGCAGUGAGGAGGUCCAAGAAAGGACUGUCUCUCUGUCUUUUCGUCUAUGCCUGUGGAGCUGCCUAUGUGGUGUUUAAACUGGUGAGACUAUACCACAAGUAUCCUAGCGAUCUCCCAGGAAGAAGGUCUUUGAUAGCUUUUGGAAUUUUCACAUUGGUCCUUCUGGCAUGUUUGGCGGUCAUAACCAUUCUCGUGAUGUCUUCUGGAGAUGAUCUGAAAGGUAUCAUUGUGGGCUAUAGGCGACUACCGGGCUACGAAUCGAAGCAAAGCAAGACCCACGAGUUUAAGGAGAAUGACUCUAUAUUUGGAGUCACAGUGUAA